GUUGGGCUGAAAGAUGAGCAGCAAACUUGUUAAGAUGUCAGUCAGGGACAGCAGUAAUACAGCAGGAAAGGGAAAAAUACUUGGAUGUUGUGCAGCGUACUUAGAAAGGUCACAGUGUUGGAGAGACAGCUGGUGCAGAGCAAGUGCUUUUCUUUCUCUUUGAAUGUAUGAUGGAGUCUGCUUUUCUCACACUUAUUCUUCUGCAUUCAUUUGCAGUAUUUUCUUCUCAGUUUGGCAUCCCAGGUAUGAAAUACUUAUGUGAUUCUUUUUUUCUUUGCUUUAACAUUUUGGCGUCAUCUGAAAUCAAACUUGCCUUUUAGCUUUAAGAGGUCCUUCUCUGGUUAAGUUUAAAUUUUUAAGGUAAUCCAAAUAAAAAGUUCACAAUUUCUUAAAAGCACAUGAUACUUUCGUAGUCUGUUUUACACAACUUUUACAUGGUUAUGUUUGAAAGUUAGAUUGUCAAGCACAAAAUGAUCGCUUUGUUCUUCCAAUAUUAACUUUUGGGGCUCCACAAAGAAACAGAAAAAUGGUAACUGGGUACUUAAAAAAGGGAUGAAAGAUAGUGGUUCGAUUUUACUGAACCCUCUACUGAAUUCACGUUGGCUACGAGAAUUUAGUCGCAGUCAUGUUGCUCAGAAAGAAGGUAAUAAUUUUACUUGUUGGGGCAUUAUAGAUAAAAGUUACACAUAGAUAACUGUCUCAGUGCACAAUCAGGCAUGCGAGUCAUGUUAUGAGAACAACUGAAAGUCUAAACUUAAUAAGGACAGGAUGUAAAACAAAGAUAUAAGCCAGACAUCGGUAAUGCGGUCAAAAACUUAAGAAACUCUGCUCUAAGUGAUCCAUCUGUUAUGAGGCUGAUCUUUCUGUUCUCUAUCCCCCAGACUGGGAUGACGUUGUGGUGGUCAAAGAGAAUAUGCCCACAAUUUUGGUCUGCACUCAUAAAACAGUAACCAGGACCAUAGCCAUUAAUUGGUCGGUGAAGCCAGCUGGUGCGAAAGAUUGGAAACUGGUUCUGUCAGCCAACGAGCAGACACAGUUCUCUGGAGGUGCCUUGAAGGACUCCAUGCGAUUGACUGACCCUAACUUUAAAGACAGCGGGAAUGUCUCUCUGUUCAUUCUUCCUAAAAUGGAGGACAGCGGCUACUACAGAUGCUUGAUAAAGCCACACGGGUGGAAGCGGAAGGAGAGGAUUAUCCUUUUGGCUAUCCUUGCAGGUACAGAAAUCAACAGGUCAUCUGUGAGAUCCUCAGACACACUUCAGUGCCUCACAGGAAUGUCCUCACUUCAAACUCCUCUGCUGUAUACUUCUCUCAGUUUGCAGGGCGCUGAUGUAGUUUAGAUCAAUAUUUCAUACUAAAAUAUUUAUAUGCUUUAGUCAGUUGUUUUUGACUCCUAAGAUGUGUAUGUUCACUUUGAUGUUUUAUUUUUUUUGUUUGUACAUUCUUUUAGAAAUCUUUCAAAGCACCUCUUGAAAUAGUUUCUUUUCAAGUGUCACGUUGCUUAUGACUGUAAGAGUUACUAGGUUGAUUGCUUAAUUGAUGAGAAGCUCGAGUGAAUUACUUUUGCUCCGACCGCUCUUUAUCAUUUUUCUUGGAGUGGUGAAAUGUUUCUCAGGCCAUUUACUCAAGUUGUGCACUCCAAUAUCAUUUCAAUGCCCUUGUGCUUUGGCUGAGUAUUUAUGCAUUUUUGCCAUCAUCACAAGAUUUAAUGGCUCAAGUUACUUCAACAUUUAUCCUGCAUCCAAAUGGCGUCCAAUAUCAGCUUAUAAACAGAUUUAGAGAAUGUAAAGAUUGCAUUAAAAGUGAUAAGCUGAUAAACAUGAUCUGCAAAUAUUUCGGAUUAACCAUUUGAGGUCUUUUUUGUUUGUUUUAUACCCCAGUAAACUGAAAUCUUUUGAAGUUUUGUUGAGUUCAACAAAGAAAAAUAACUGAGCUCAACAAAAUAAGCAGCAUUUCCUGUGUGCUUUAUUUAUCAAAACACAAAUGUGUAACUACCCAUUCACACUGUUAAGUGUAAAUAAGCACCACUUGAACUACAUGCUGCUAAAAUGAGGUUUGCAUGGUAUUUCAUCACUUAAAACAAAACCAUAAUUAAUAUUUGAACGUGACAGUCUGACUUGGGCGUGACACAGGAUUUUUCACACCGGCUUCACAGAGGUACUUUAUUUUUCAGGAGAACAUUUUCAAAUACUGUGAUUUCAUUACACUAAUAUGAUUUUUCAUUGUCUCUUCUGUUCUUGUCUUCUCAUAUCUCCAGUCACUGUUGAGCCUGCCAUGCCCAUCCCUCAGCAGGGCACCCUGCGGCUGAAAGCCAGCGUCAACCCUGACUUUGCCAUCACCCAGAUCACCUGGGUGGCACCUGGAGGCCUUCCCAUGAAGAGCGAGAGCUCAAACAAAGGCACCAUGACCAAAGUGCCAAUGGUGCAGAGUAGUGACAAGGGGGGUUAUGUGUGUAUGGUGCACCCGCUUGGCAACAGUAGCAGCCCCCUUCUCCCCUUCAAAGUGGAUGUGACUGUCGGUGAGUCUGAUUUGGGAGAAAAAAGCAGAGGCGCUUGAAGAUCGAAAGCAACUGUUGUCUCUUUUGUUGAUGGUAUGAGUGGGCAUCAGUGCCAAAAACUCCAGCAGCUACAUUAUUUAUUGAAGCAUCCUGUAGCUACAGUUCUUCAAAGUGUCUACUUUUAUAGACCCGUUUCAAAAGUCGACUAGAUCUGUACUCAGAUUCAUCCUGUUCUUGUGUGAAUAUUAUAGAUGCUGAAUGUAUUAUUCAUUAUAUUGCUUUCUGCAUUUUCUACCCUCUUUCUUUGCGUCCCCUCUCUUCACAGCUGACGAAGUGGUCUCAUUCAACAGUAUAACAUACGGUGAGUGACUUCAUAACACAAGCGGUGUAAAAGUCCUGUGUCAGCAGCUUUCUAAUCAGGCAGAGCACAAUGAAGAAAAAAUUCUCAGCAUAUGAGAACCUAAUCUCUAUUGUUGUAGGAAUUUCCCCAUAUCUCCAUUUCCCUAUCCUGUUACUAUUCUGUUUACAGUCUUCACCCCACUCUUCAUUCACCCUCUUUUCAUCAAUCUGCAUAUACUCCUAGUUGUGUUUUUGCUCAGGCUGUUCUUUCUUCAUGCCUACCUUUACUCCAUCUUUCUACCUUUUACUAUCAGCCUGAACCAGUGCAUAAUUCUUAUUUCUCUAACCUCUCAUCUUCCCACAUUGCUUCCAGCCCCUUUGAUCUCCACUGCCGCUCAGGCCAGGAAACCUUUCCCCCUGACCUGUCCUGUUGUCCGGGGAGAUUUCGUCAUGCUGUACUGGCAAGCUCCAGACACCAAAGGAAAUCCUAUGAAGCUGGUGUACCAGUACGACCGCUGGAGGGGCUUCACCGUGUUGACUGAGAAGAGCGACAGACUCCAGCUUGCAGGCCCGCCCUACAAUGCAGAGGCAGGAAGCUUCUCCUUUCUACUCACACCAGAGUUGCAUGAUGGUGGCCUCUACAGCUGCGACGUGUACCUUGAUGACACCCCCACCAGCCAGAGGACCCGGCUCAGUGUACUCGCAGGUACAGGUUCAGGGUCAGCAGAGUGAAAAUGUCGAGAAGGACACGGGUUAAGAGUAAUCAAAUAAAGGACUGUCACUGAAUUUUAUUCACACAAGAUAAAAAUCUCCAUGUUUUGAAACUUUUGAUGAAGAACUCUGUAGUAUCUCAUAGUUUCAUAGUCCCAGAAGAGUAAACUGAUCCCAUUCUGGAGUUGGUGAAUUGGGGCCCACACAGAGCUGGAUGUUAGUCCUUAGCUUGUCUUAGUUUUUGUCUUUUUUAAGAUUAAUCUUUAAACUGGUUGACAGAUAUCACUUUUUCAAUCACUGAAGCCAAUACCAAUAAUGGCAUGAUGAGUUGGACCAUUGACGAUAUCACAUUGUUGCAAGUUUUUUCUGGGUUUGAAAAAAUGCAACAAUUCAACAUUACUGAUAUACAGGGUAAAAAACACUAAACUUGAGAGUACAUUUUAUUAUAUAAGAAGAGGAUAUUUGGCUCAGUAAGACAUUGUGAUGUUUGGAUUUAUGUCUGACUAUCAGAAAUUAAUAAAAGACAAACAUACAAGGCAACUAUUGAGAUUUAAUUAAAAGAAAAAGUACAUUUUAUGUUGAAAUCCAUUUUUACGCACAGCAAAGUCAAAUAUAGGUGGUUAUCUUAGCUAGCCUAUUUUAGAUGGGUUCCUAAUAGGUUGAUGAUUUAUAGAUUCCAAUUAAUGGCCGAUAAAAAUGUCAGAAGCAGUAUAAAGCUUCAUAGUGUCAAGCAUCAUAACACAUUUUAAAUAAACCACUAGCCAGCAUUUGUUAUAGAUUGAAUUUGCUAUCAACACAGUUGGGAAAAAUGCGUUUUCCUUUAAAAAAACAAAAAGAACUGUGAUAUCGGCCUUGUAAGAAACGCAGUAUCAUGUUGAUUAUGUCAACAUGCCAAUAGUUAUCCCAAUUAAUCAGGUGACUGAUUAAUCAUUCUAUCUUCAUCUUCCCCCCAUUAAAAUUGGACUUCAGAAGAAAUGUUUUGAGCGCCCUUAAUCCAAAACCAGUGGAAACAACUAGACUUGCUCUCACCACAGUCCAAAAUAGCCAUAAGCUUCCAUUUAACACAGUAUUCAUAUUGUGUUUGAAUGUACACAAUGAGGCAUCAAAUAACAAAAAAGUCUUGGUUAGGCUGGUAUUUACCAGAGUUCACUUACUCAUCCAACACUCCUAUGCAGCAUCUUCACUGGUUGCCUGGCAACUUCACUAAAAAAACUUAGACUGGGAUUCUCUGUACUCCUCUGUUGAUUACCAAGCUGUGCUUGCAGCAUAAAAUUCCCUCAAAACCACAACAUGUUUUUUCUACAUGUCUGUUAUGGAUUAAACAUAUCACACACUAAGUAUUGCUCUAUGAGGUUCACACCUGAUAGCACAACACUGGGCACAGUCAAGUCAGUUCUAAGUUUCUCCUGUUUCCAGACUUUCCACUAGACUUGUCAAGAGUCUUUUGGCCAGAAAUAUGUGAGAGGUGUCGAUCAUUUAAUGCUAGGUAGGUAUAUUCUAUGAUUCAUAAAUAGCUAAAUCAGCCACAGAGGGUGCAAUGGUUACUGGACUCACCUCACUAUUGCCAAAGGACCAUUUUCUUGGAGGUAUUAGCCCUGCUGGUGUAUUAGAUAUGAGUAAUAGUGAAUUAAGAUCAGCUUUCAGUGCAUUGUUCUCCCACUGUGAAAUAAGUACCGAGAGUUUCCUGCAGCAGUUGGUAAAAUGUCACAUUAUGAAAUGAAUACAUUUACAAUAUUGCUCAUUAAAUCAAACAUUUGCUAGAUCCUUAAAUCUGAAGGAAAAAUGAGCCGAACACCUGUUGAUCUGUCAUGAACAUGCUUUGGGGAGGUUUCAACCUUUGCAGAGACACACAGAGUAUAUAGCGCAAACACACACACACACACUCAUACACACACACAAAAAAAACUUGACAAACACAAAUAUACAAUACCCUGUCAUGGCGGCCUUGGGAUGCUUUACUAAUCACAGCCCCUCUGGUAUCUAUCACAGCUGCCCAGACGUGACCAGCCAAUCUGUCACUGUCACUGUCACCCCUCUUCACACAUCUGCAUCCCUCACGCUCAUGCAUACACACACACAUAUCCGCCUGCACACCAAUCAUGUGAUGCAUAUAUUUUUACCCCACCUCAUUAUGGGUAUCAUUAUGUAUGAUUAUACCUGCUGCCCUCCCACAAAGACUGUAGGUGGCCCACACUGAUCACUCUAAUCAAGGCUGAAAAGUGUGUGUGUUUUUACGUGUGUGCAAGGGGGGAUCUGUGGAGCUUGAUUACACCCAGAUGGAUUCCCAUUUCAGUUUGAUGAGACACUAAGCAUCAGUCACAGUCAACCAAUACAUUAGCAGCAAAUCACUUUAAUGAAUAUAUAUUAUUUUGACCCUUCACUGGAUUGUUCUUUGUUUUUCAUACCAACCCCCCUUUACCCCAUUACUCUUUAUCUGCCCUUGGCCUUUUCUGUAUUCACACACUACCCUUUAAUUCACUUUCUCCUCCUUUUGAGCUCCUUCCUCUUCACUACUGUUGUCCUUAUUUCUGUGUACUUACAUUUGUUUUUUCCCUCCUUAUACUCACACCCACCUCUCCCCCCUUCUCCUUCUCACAGUUAAAGCCAAAUAUUACCCGAAAAGGCUUGAGCUGGGAUGCCAGUACUCAGAGCGAUCCCAUGUCCGCAGUGCCAAAUGGAAACACCAGAAUGAGAGUCAGCGGCUGCAUUUUUCAAGCAAGAGCCCUGGGAGAAUCCACACCUUCCUGCCCUUACCCAUUACAUCUGACACAGCGGGAAACUACUCCUGCACCCUACAGCUGGGAAAUGGGCAGACAGUCUCAGCAAGGCAUGAAGUCAAAGCACCCCAAGUCGGAGUGGAAGAUGGUAAAGUACCCCAAAGACUGGUCUCUGAUAUGAUUUUUUUUUCUCACAAAAAGAAUACCAUAUCAAUUGCACAGGAGUCCUAGUGGACUUCCUGUCAACUUACUGGAGAUAAUGAACCGUGAAUGUGGAUGAUUCUCAGAUGUGUGCUCCAUGAAGCGUUACUCUGUGCAUUCAAGCCAACCUCAGGUCAGUUAUUCUGCCUGGAAGCCAGUGGUUUACAGAGGGAAACCUCCUGACAGAUGCCUUGUGUUCUUCUUUCUUAAUGUAGUUAAAGAGGUCACAGGUCCAGACUCGAGUGCUCCACAAAGUUAUGAUUUACAGAUAAGAUCCUAUGGAGUGUUAUGGACAUCUCCCUUCUAAGAGGACGCACACACACCUAAAUACGCGCCAAACAUUUCCCUCCCCGCCAGCGUCGCUAAUUACCCACCAAACAACCAAACAGCGCUACUUUUCCUUCUCCCUUCUCUGCUGGAUAGUGUUACUAACUUUGAGCCCUACCGGCUAAUUUAAACAUACAUUCACACAGAUAGUCAUCUCUCCACUUACUUGCCGGGUGUCCAUUCACGCCAUCAUGCCGGAUCAGGUUUCCAAAUGAGGAAACAGAGCGCAUGAUUCCCGUAUGUAAAAUAGGUGGGUACGGAGGGCCAAAGUGGUCACAUGAUCCGAGAAAAGAUUUAUUCCCCUGUUGUUUGCCACGAAUGCCUAAAAAUUAACUUUCCAUUGAUUUGUGUAAAAACUAAGUUAAAAUGGUAAAAACAUACAGAAAAAGGUCUAAAGGUUAAAAAUGGUUAAAAUGGUUUAAAUGUGAGUUCUUCUUCUAAACUUACUUAAUAAAUAACGCCCACUGGGAGGGGCUAAGGGGGUUUAAAAGAAGGCUGCCUGGGCCUUUCUUUGAGUCUGGAGUUUGUUGCAUGAAAUUUAACUGCCAAACUGACUUUUGUAGUGCUGCUGUGUUUCAAUUUUUUGUUUUUUUGUUUUUUCUUGAGUGAGAAUCCAGAGUUAUAGUGGAACUCCUGCCUUGUUGGUAUUUUCUUUUUUGCCUUGUAUAUUUUGUAAACGGUAGUUGACCCUUUUUUUGGCACUUUUGUAAAUAUUUUUGCACUGCACCUUGGAGGGCCAGCUGUGCCAAACAAUAAAUUCACCAUCCCCCUGAUAUUUUUUUCACAACUCAACUACUGGUCAUGGCCAUACUUUAGAAGAAAAAAAAAAAACACCACUUCUGAUACUCUGCUCAGACUCUUCCCCCUAUAAAUAAUGAAACGUAGAAGCUAUGGUUUUCUCAUCACCUUCACCCAGCUGAUAUGCGAAUAUAAGACGUGACCUUAGGAUAUAUCUCCUCACAAAAACUAAAUUAUUCAAGCUUAUUGUAUUGGUGGCUGUGGGGGAUCACAGGAGGAUGUGACAGUUGAAUGCAUCCCUUAGCAGAGAUGAGUUCCCUCCCCACAUCCCCGAUACAUCACUCGGGCUGAAGAGCCCUGAGCUCAUCAUAAUGAAUGCUGAUGGUAUGACUGUAAGAGUAAUGGACAUGGGGGAAAGAGUGAGAGUGUGAUAGAGACAAGGAGGGGAAAAGAGGCUGGCAAAAGAUUUCGAUUGAUUGGAGAGGCUGGAUUAGAAUAAAUGGUGAGGGUGCUAAGUGUUGCAUUUGUCUGGCGUCUCAUCAAGAGUUUGGACCGAGCAGAGAGGGGUGUUCAAAUGUUGGGAGCAUACAUUUACUCUGUGGUAGGUUGCACAAACAGCAAAGGUGAAAGAAAAACAACAUUUUAAUGGAUGCUCUGCCGGUAAGAAGUGUCGAUACAGGGGUUAUCAGUAGCUGUUUUAUAUGGGAGCAAUUCUUUUGUUUAGUAAAAGUAGUCAAGCAAUACAGAAAGUUACAAAUAUUUAUGGUUUUAAAAGUCUCGUUCUGUUGGUGCUAGUUAUGAAACUCAAGAAAUACCAUCUAAUAGAAUUUCUUUCAGAUGUGGCACAGUUCAGAGAAUCCAAAAUUGAAGCAAUCAUUGUGUUCUGCUACACAUAAAAUACUUCAAAUGUCAGGGAUGUUCCGCAAUCAUUUGCUAUCCUGAGUUGGCCCAUCAUUUGCAAAGCAUUCAAGCACCUCUUUGGUUUGCUUCUCUAUCCUCUCCUACAGUCCCACCGAUACAAGACUCCCCCUACCUCAUUUGAGCUGAAAUAGGCAUGGUAGCAUAGAAGUGCCAAUAGUAGAGCAAAGAAAAAGAUGAAAGAAAGAAAGGGAGACAGAAAGAAAGACGAAGAAAUGUGCAAGUGGGAAACUGGGAACAUUUAUGCCUCACUUCACUGCACUCAAUUAGCAUAAAUUGUGCAUUAAAGCUGGCAUGGAGAACAGUGCAGGUCAGUCUCGGGGUCAGCUCUCGCCACAAUAUUCCAUUAGCAAACUCUACACAUACUCACCAAUCAAUUACACCUCACACAGCACUCAAUGAUUGAUCAUUUUUAAGCCGGCUAACUGCUGUGACACAGGGGCUAAGGUGAAGCUUCAGGGCUUGUCCUUUUGAAAACAACAUUUGUGCAAAUUUGAUUAGUUUUCCUUACUUUGGCAAGCUCCUUACUCUCUGGAUAACCUUGAAUGCAGCUGAAAAACACCUUACCAACAGUUCAGUACUUAUGAUGGCUCCAGAAAAAAAGGGUAAUUUGGGGUAAUUCUAUUCUAAUUUUUCAUUAAUUAGGCUUCCCUUGUUAUCGAAAGAUCUCACACAGAUCUGAUUGUUUUUCACCCCAUGAACAUCAAGCAUUCAGAGACUUCUUCCAUGUUCAGGUACACUCAAUUAAAACAGUCUCUGGAGAAACAAGUAACCUCCCUCCUAGCUUCUCUCUCUCUCUCUCUCUCUGUCGCCCCAUGGCUGUUUUAGCAAGGCUGAUGUCAUCGUCAUUAUGCAAACAAACCUGACAAGUUUGAUCACCAGCGUGAGCUCUUCCCACAAAAUUUAACUGGUGCUGCAGUGAGCCAAUGGUUUGCUUAUGUAAUGUUUGUGAUAAUUAUGCCUACGCUUUUUAUCCACCAGUUUUUACUGCUGCACUGACAGGGUUCGGCUGAAAGACUAAUAUUUACAUUGUUUGUCAGUUUGCCUAGAGGCGGUUUGUUGCUAAGAUCAGAUGUCGAGGGAGUGUUCAUGGACCAGCCUUUCCUGAGUUUACCUCCUGUAGAUUCAAAGACCAAUAAUGAGAAAGGUAACUGAUAGUAUUUGCAAAGAGCUGGAUCAAAUUACUCUGUAUGGACAAGGCAUAGGCUGAAGUUUUUGUGCAAUAAGCUCACUGGAUGUGGUCUCUUUUAUUUCAGCAUGUUUCUUAUUCUUGUCCACGUUUAAACUUGACAGCGUUUACUGUCCAGGCUGAGGGUCUGUCAAAUCGAUGUCUGUCGAGAUGGUGUACAGACUAUUCAUUCUUUCUGACAGAGCCUGGAUUUCCUCGCCUUCUUCCCCUGCACCCAUUGUCUGUGACUGACAGCAGCAUGAUGCAAAUGCAUGUAACGUGUUGAGGAAGUCAUAACUGAAACUUGUCUUUAAAUCCAGAGUUUAAAGUGCUCACGUACAGAAAACACGCUGCCCUUUUUCGACUCGUACGGAGGGGGAAAGUGGAGAAACGAACAACAGCAACUUCUUCUUGUUCAGUCUCACACACACACCAAAAGCUCAGCAAGUUUGACAUGAUCACUGUUCUUGGAAAUAUCCACCCUUUCUUCUCUCUCACUUUUCUUUUUCUUCCUUUUGUAGAGAGUGGCAGCGUGACCACCCCCUCCCUGCUCCCUACUCUCUCUGCUUUAUUACUCCUGGUGCCCCUGGUUGCUGCGGCUGUCGGUGUGUUGCUAUGGAGACAGAAACACAUUUCUGAUCGCAGUGAGUCUUCCGGCGCUUUUCUUUUUUGACAGCUUUCCCCGUUCUGUCCAUCUUCAGCCCCCCCUGUCUGGUGCCACUGAGUGAUGUGGGCCGUGACAUCCUCUGGGGUCAUAGUAAUGAAUCUGCCCCCACCUCCUCGCUCCUCCAUGUGUGUUUUCAGUGCGUGUUUGUCUGUGUAGUAACUAUCUCUUUGAACUCAGGUAUCGAGCAGUCUCUGUCUUUCUACUCUGGUGAAGUAGAGAACAUUUACGAGAAUCCUGAGGAUAUCAGACAGGUGAUGAAUUGAGCUAUUUUCAAUUUCAAAAUAUCCCCAUUUGCCCUUAUCUCCCCCUCUAGUAUUUAGCACCACUUCUCUCCCCUUUCCAUUUUUUCCUCGCCCUCUCCUCUCUUUUCCUGUCUUGUCUCUGUAGUACACUUUCACCUCUGUUCUGUUUUCCUUCUAAUUUUCACAAUCCCUCUCUCUCUCUCUCUCUGUCACUUGUUGUUCAUUAAACCUGUUUUCUCCUGCUCUUCUCCCCUCCCAACAGGCCCCUCCCCAGGGCUCAGUCUACAUGGUGAGUUAUUGUAUCAGCCCUGCAUACAAACAAACACAUAAACACACACACACACACCAGCGUUUUUGUGAGGAGUUGUGAUGCACAUGUCCACCAAUGCAUACAGACACUCACUCUCUGUAUUGCCCCCUCCUGAAGCUGUCAGGAGAUAUGUCUUCCCUCACAUUCAGGCUCUUCAUUCCCAGUCUGUCAGCCCUCUCUCAGAUAAACCCUGUGUCUAUCAACUGUCACCUUUACAUUAGCGGUAUUAACAAAUCAAUCUCAUUACACAGGGUACAGAGGGACAUAAAUCUGGCCUCAGUAGCAUGGAUUUUUUCUCUCUUUAUCAUCCUCGUCACUGUCCCACUCUCUCCCUGCCUCCCUUCCCCCUUUUCUUCUUUGUGCCAGGAUUUGAAGCCAAGAGAAGAGGAUGAUGUCUAUAAGGAACUGGAGCGGUAAGAGACAAGACUUGCAUCACCUGUGUGUGCUUUUGUAUGUUGAAUCUGUAUUUAUGUGUGUGUGAGUGCGUGUUUACACUGUCACUCAUCUGCCCCUCACAUUCCCCCCGCACACACACCAAUCACACCGGCCUGAACAUCACUGUGACACAGUGGCAUAAUAUCACGCCAGCUGCUGACAGGCAGCGCUCCAUCGCCCCGUGUGUUGUUGUUGUUGCGUGGGCUGUCUUGUGUUUGUGUUUAAGGAAAAAAUCAAAUAGACUUGGGGACGGAAGAUUUUUUUUUGUGCGACUUUGUCUUUGUGCUCUGUUUUCAGAUGCGAACCGUGUCAAGGCUGAUCACCUACCCACAUCUCAUCCUCAUCUGGCUGUCAUAAUCGCCCAGUUCCUCGCUGCAACAGAGGGUCUUUUUAAACUGAAGUAACAACUGCAUGUCAGAGUUGAGAUGUGACAAAAAAAUUGAGUGCUUCAGGGAAAUGCAGCUCAGUUGUUUGCAACAUUUAAUUCCUGCUGUUGCUCUUUAAAAGUGCUUUAUCACUGAUGUGCUCCAUUGUCCUCUCUUGGAGUUGCAAAGGGGAGAAGAGGAUUUUCAUGGAGGAAUUCAAACCAUGUUCCCUAGUUCACAUUGUUACUUUAAUUUUUCAUAUUUCACUAUAUUUAGUUUGUUAUAUAUUCCUUAACAUUUGUAUUGAAUCAGCAAUUGUUACUUCUAUGGAUAUCUGUAUUUAAAUAAACACCUUUCUGAAUAAAAAUCGUUUGUUAUGUUGAUUGUUUCCAUUUGAUUAACCCUAAAAUACUAACGCUAAAAUUAGUAACACCAACACUAUCGCCGGGUGAUUUUUACCCAAAAUAAUAUACCCAAGAAAAAGUGCUUGUCAUCAAAAUAUCAAAAUAGGACAAUACACAAACCAUGAUGCACC